AUGGAAGAAGGAUACAGACAACGGAACGAUCCGGACGACGACGACGGCUACCCCCUGCUGGCUCCUUUGUCCGUUGGCGGUUGCGACGACCCGGCCGUCGCCCAUCGCCUCCCUCAACCGUCUACUCCCCCCCGCUUCGCUUCGCCCCGUAUCGCGACGCAUCAUCUAAUCGUCGUUUUGUGUGUGUGUGAGUGCGUGUCUGUGCAAACGCCUAAAUGCCGUCGUCGUCCAGUUUUAGCGCACCCCGCACACCUCUCAGCUACGGCGAACCGAUCUCGUCUGCAUAUUCUGACAACUCGUCCAGGUAACCUCACCAAGGAAUAUUCUAAACAUCUAUAG